AUGAAACUUUUCUUCUCCGUUCUUCUGCUUGCUAUUGCAAAUGGUGAAACAACAGAAUGUUACAAGAAUAAGGAUUGCCUGAGCAACACCACUCCCCAAUGUCGCGAUGGCAGCUGUAUUUGUCAAGAAAACACCUGUCAAGUCGUCGAAUGCACUCGAAAAAGACAUUGUUCCGACCAGGAAAUCUGCGAGUCGAACAUUUGCAAAGCUGUCGAGUGCACGGCGAAUCGACAUUGCAACGACUGCAGAUUCUCCGGAGCAAGACAGGUCUGUGACAAAAACUCGAAAAAAUGCGUCAAAGUAGAGUGCGUAUGGAAUAACGAUUGUGGAGCCGCGGAAGUUUGCUUUCAGCAUUCAUGCCGUAAGGUCGAGUGCAAGAAAAACAGUCAUUGUCAAGUCGGCGAAAUCUGUAGCGACAACAGAUGCCAAGCUGUGGAGUGCCUUAGUGACAUAAAUUGCGGAAAUAAUGAGUUUUGUAACUCGAACAACCUAUGCCAAGAACAAUAA